AUGGCUUUCGAGAAUCUACGCGGAGCGUUCAAAACGCCGUCGAAAAACACCUCUCGGUUAAACGUGCCAGAAAUUCCUCAGGAUGAAUCACCAUCUGCUCGGAUUGAGCGUCUUGGACGUGAACGUCCAUCGGCAUUUCCCAAUCUGUGGACUGAACUCUUCUGCUUGUUUGGCAUAAUUAUGUCACAGUUCUUGACCGAGUUCUUCGUCUCAGGCUUCACGGUCAUCUUGCCACCACUGGCCCGAGAGCUGAAAAUUCCACAGGCCUCGCAGGUAUGGCCUGCAACUGCCUUUUCGCUUGUGAUUUCGAGCACUUUGCUCAUAUUUGGUCGUCUUGGUGAUAUGUGGGGAGGAUACCCUCUCUUUUUCGCUGGCCUUGCGUGGCUUCUUAUAUGGAGUCUAAUCGCAGGAUUCAGUUCUAGCCCUGUCAUGUUAGAUAUUUGUCGAGCACUUCAGGGCCUCGGAGCUGCUGCCUUUCUCCCAACGGGAGUCAUGAUUAUAGGCUCACUCUACCGGCCCGGGCCUCGUAAAAACCUUGUCUUUGCAAUCUAUGGCACCGCGGGUGUUCUGGGCUUCUUUGGUGGCAUUGCCAUUGCAGGGCUCGUGGGUCAAUUCUUACACUGGAGUUAUUACUUCUGGAUCGGCGCUGCACUUGCAGCGAUAACGCUCACGACAUCAAUAUGCGCUAUGCCAUACUCGACUUUGGCAAAUGACUCCCGAAAGAAAGUGAAAAUGGACUAUCUCGGUGCGAUUUGCAUCGUUUGCGGACUCGUUCUUACGAUUUUCGCGAUCACUCAAUCUGCACAUGCUCCCUCGGGAUGGAAAACGCCAUAUGUCCCGGCAAUUUUCCUCUUAGGCAUUAUUUUCCUUGCCGGGACGUGGUAUGUCGAACAGAAUGUUGUCUCAGAUCCACUUUUGCCUGCAUCACUCUUCUCAGUGAAAUCAAUGACACCUUUACUCAUUGCCCUCCUACUUCUCUACGGUACCUGGGGUAUUUUCUCCGUCAAUGGCUCACUCUACUUCCAAACCGUCUUGUCAGCUUCGCCACUUCAGGUCGUCUUGUGGUACAUACCCAUUGGCAUCGUUGGACUUGUCGUAAGCGUCAUUGAAGGGUACAUCUUACAUCUCGUCCCUGGCCAUGUUAUUAUGAUAAUCUCAGGCUUAGCCGCCGUUGGAUCGCAACUCCUCCUCGCUCUCAUUCCACCUAGUGGAGGAAGCUACUGGGCAUGGAUCUUUCCAUCGUCCAUUCUCAGCACUAUUGGCAUCGACCUGUCUACUAUCGUGAUGACAGUUUUCAUUACGACAGUCGUCCCAUCUUCGCAGCAGGGACUGGCAGGGGGUGUGUUAAAUUCCGUUCUGCAGCUUGGCGUCGCCUUAGUCCUCGGUUUAACAGACAUUAUUCAGUCGGCCGUGGUCAAGGAUAGGGGAUUAGAAAAAAGCUAUAAAGCAACAUUCUGGUUCGGAGCCGGUGUCGCUGGUGCCAGCUUGAUAAUUCUGAUGAUCUGGGGCAGGAUACCCAAAGCUGUCAGCUCGCUGACAGCCGAUGAAGAACAGGAACAGGCUUCUUCGUCCUGA